ACCGCGGCCGCGAUGGACGGAGAGCCGCCCGCGGGCACGGCCGCAGGACUGAUGUAACAUAUUGAACAGCAGCCUUUGUGGAAAAAAUGUCCUACUGUACCAAAGAGAGAGCUUGCUCAGAUUUGGCAAAGCCUCCAGUAAAUGAACCAAGGGAAGCGGAACAGUUUCUAAUGCAGACGCCCCAGGGAAAUCCACUGCUGCUUUCCCACACCCUACAAGAGCUCUUGAGCAAGGACAGUGUGCAGGUGGAGCUUAUACCUGAAAAGAAGGGCCUUUUUCUGAAACAUGUGGAGUAUGAGGUUUCCAGCAAGAGAUUCAAGUGCUCGGUGUACAGAAGAUACAAUGACUUUGUGGUGUUCCAUGAGAUGCUGCUGCACAAGUUCCCGUACCGCAUGGUGCCUGCACUGCCCCCAAAGAGGAUGCUGGGAGCUGAUCGUGAGUUCAUCGAGUCGAGGAGGAGAGCGCUGAAGCGAUUCAUAAACCUGGUGGCUCGACACCCCCCUUUCUCAGAAGAUGUGCUCUUGAAACUCUUCCUGUCCUUCAGUGGCUCAGAUGUACAGAAUAAGCUAAGGGAAUUGGUCCAGGGAGUAGGAGAUGAAUUUGUGACUUGCAGAUUAGCUACCCAAGCCAAGGACUUCCUCCCAGCUGACAUUCAGGCCCAGUUUGCUGCCAGCAGGGAGCUGAUCAGAAAUAUUUAUAACAGCUUCUAUAAGCUCCGGGACCGUGCGGAGAGAAUCGCUUCCCGAGCCAUCGACAACGCCUCCGACCUCCUCAUAUUUGGGAAGGAGCUCAGUGCUUUGGGCUCAGACACUACUCCACUUCCUUCCUGGGCUGCUUUGAAUAACAACACAUGGGGGACUCUCAAACAAGCCUUGAAGGGUCUGUCUGUUGAAUUUGCACUCCUGGCAGAUAAGGCUGUGCAGCAGGGUAAACAGGAAGAGAAUGAUGUGGUGGAGAAGUUGAACCUUUUCCUGGAUUUACUCCAGUCCUAUAAAGACCUGUGUGAAAGGCACGAGAAGGGGGUAUUGCACAAGCACCAGCGAGCCUUGCACAAGUACAGCAUGAUGAAGAAGCAGAUGAUGAGUGCCACUGUGCAGAACAAAGAGCCAGAAUCGGUGGAGCAACUGGAAUCUCGGAUUGUGGAGCAAGAAAACGCCAUCAUAACCAUGGAGCUGCGGAAUUACUUCUCCCUGUACUGCCUGCACCAGGAGACACAGCUCAUCCACAUCUACCUGCCUCUCACAUCUCACAUUUUGGGGGCCUUCGUCAACUCCCAGAUUCAGGGUCACAAAGAGAUGAGUAAAGUUUGGAAUGAAUUGAAGCCGAAGCUGAGCUGCCUUUUUGUGGGAUCCAGCAGUAUGCCAACUCCACCACUGUCACCUCCAGAGGGAAACUUCUUUUCCAAUUAACGUUCCAAGCAUCCCACACGGAGCAAGAAGGGCAAUCAACGAAGGGGUGGGACCUCUACCUCCAAUGAAUCCUCCAAAACAGCUAUUUUUAUUUUUUUUUUUUAAUAUUGCUGCUUUGAGCUGCUCUCUGAUUUAGACAGACUGGAUGUGGGGCAGAACAUAAUGGAUACAGAGACAAUUUUGUAAUUUUGCAAUGCCCUGGGGCAGAGCUGAUGUUCAUUCUCCUGCAGACACUGCUCAUGGGGUCGGGACAGGGCCCGGCACAGCGAGUGCUGCAGGGUUUGUUGUUGCUGGGGCCUCUGCAUCUUGUACUAACAGUCCUCCAGUGGUGUUUAUCUGCAGCUGUGCUGACACAUCUCUGCACGUCUCUCAAAUGCUGAGAUGAACAGGAUAGCUGAAGCACUUGCUUGUAGUGGAGAUAAAUUGCUUUUUAUGCCUUGGAGGGCCUGUGUUAGGGAUGUGUGUGCAUGAGGAAAGCUGAAAGCCAUCCCCCAUCCUGUUGUAGGUGUCUGGAUUUGAUUUCUUACUGCUAGACCUUAGCACAAAAUGAAUGAAGUGGUUGGAUUUUGUAACCCAGCUGGGCAGGGGUCAGUGCUGCUCUGUGACAGGGAUUUUCCUGACGGUGCUGGAUGGACUCUAUUGUCAGUUUGUUUCCCUUCAUGGUUGAAGGGCACUCUGGGGAAUUGCUUGUAUUUUUCAGUUUGGGGCCAAAGACAGCUGGGUUCAGGAACUCAGAGGAGUUUGCCUGGCAUAAAUGAGAAAAUAAUUGACUAAAACAUUCCGUAAUUGUAAAUCACUUGUACUACAGGAGUGGAACAGCUACAAGGUAGCUUGUUUACUUUUUCUGGAGGUUCUGACCUCCAUCUGCUGAGUAGCUGCUCAGAUCUGUUGGAGAGCUGCUGACCCAAAGGCUGGUGUUUUCCUUGGUGUAAUAUCAGAAGUAUCCUGCUGCACCAGCAGGCUGGAACACAGUGCUGAUAAAGUUCAUUUGCAAAAAUUCAGUAUUAUCAGGAUGUUAUUGUCAUUCUUCCUGGCUGUGGGUAGCAUUGCAGUAUGUUUGUUUGUGAAGGAGAGUAGAUGAUUAAGUUCUCAUCUCUAAAAACACCACAGCCCUUGGUAAUGGGGUUUUCAGAAUGGUUUGUGGUUGUGAUAAAGGGACUAAACACUCCCCACUUUGCAUCUCCAGUGGCUUUGCCUGGGGAGGCAAAGGGGGAGAACAUGUAAGUCAUGUUACCUCAGGGGAAAUGUGCACAUCCUCCAGAGAAACUGAUAAUCAAACUGCAAACGUCUGCAGCAAAGCUCUGUGUGAACAGGACUCCCUGAACCUGACUUCUCUGGGGCCAAAAUAGCUCCCAAAGGGGAAUUUGUGACUUGGCUUCUUAGCGUUUUCCUCGAAUGGGUAAAAAAGGAAGCACAUUAACAAGGAUGAGUGUGUGCUGUUAAUCAGAAUCAUUACAGUAUUUUCCCACUGGGGAACUUCCCCAUUAUCAGGAAGUAUAUUUAAAUCCUCCAAUCACAAAAGCUUUUUUGAUUUGAUUUUUUUUUUAAUUUAGAAAUUUCAGUGCAACAUGAAACUCUUCCUAGCCCAGAUGGAAAUUCUGGAUUAGUUUCUUCAGCUAGGAGCAAGAUAAGUUAUUUGUCCAGUUUUAGGAGACUGAAUAACCAUUACUCACACUCCUCAACAUGGAGUAAAUACACUGCUAUGGGUGAAUUCCUUGAGUGCUGGGCCUUAAGCAGCGUGUAGCCAACCUUGCACAGAUUGCAUUAAAGAGCUUUUCCCAACAAUUCAAAUGUUAACUCACUUUCCUCCUGCACAUGGGCCUUGUCCAGUGAGAUAGAUGAACUGCAAAUGGCUGUGACAGAUUUGAUUCUCUCCUGGAGAUUUCCUAAGUGAUGCAGAAGAAAUUCUGCUCACAAGCUGAGCAAACUGUCAGGGGAGGGAAAUGUUUCUACAGUCCAGUUACAGAGAAGAUACCAUCUCAGGCAUGGUACAACAGGUUUUUCUGCUUGACCAUGUCUUGAUUAGAAAGAUGGUUUGUGGUUCAAGUGUGGAAAGUGUGUUACCAGACUUUUCCAUGCUCUUCACAUUAUCAGAAGGUGCUGGCUGGUUAUGGCUGGCUUAGUGUCAGCACCCACCCUCCCUCACUUGUUUGCCUGAUGUGGUGAACAGUGAAAUUGAGAAAGUACUGUAUGUUUUGGGGCAAGAUCUGAUAAUUUAUGAUGGUCUCAUAAGUUACUUGUUUGACUGGGCAGUGUUCUGUAGGAGUGCUUGCAAAGGAUUAACCUGAAUGGAACUUUGCACUUUUCACUCUUAAAAAAACAUUACAAUUUUGAAGAUGAUUUAAAAUCAAAAAACAACCCCCCAAAAAGCAAACAUCAAAAUCACAUUAGGGCUUUAGACUAACUCCUCUUUCCUGUUUGCCUUCAAGCACAAAUUGUACAGUCCUAGUGCAGAGACUGUAACAAUGAUAGGCACAUCACAGCAUCUAUAAGGAAACUGAAAUUACCUUGUUUUGAGAAACACCCCAUUCCUCCAUUGUCAGCCCUUGUGUCUUUGAGGAGGAGAGUUUUGGGGGUGGGCUUUUCUUGUUUUGGUUUUACUCUGUUCACCAGGUAUUUGAGAACUGAGGCCCAGCAUUCUCAAAGCUGUUCCAGCUGCUGGCACUUUCAGAGUUUCUUUCAUACUGGACUGUCAAGCUUGUUUCAUUCCUAAACACAUGCAGACACUAUUUCAUACAACCCUUAGUUUGCAAACCUUUCUUCUGGGAGACUGGUCAGUGUGCAAAUAGCACUGUUUGUUUACCUCAGUGUGUGAGGGAUUUCCUUACUGUUUUCAUUUUGUUCAGUUUAUGGAUCUGUCAGACUUUGAGGGCAGCAUCAAGCACAGCUUCCUUCCUCCAGAGGGAAGCAGCAGGGACUCAAGGAUCCAUCAAGCUGUCUGUCUGUCCUAGCCAAUGUGGGGAAAACAGUUGUAAUUACCUCCAUGCUUUUGCCUUCUGCAGUAAACACUAACCAAGCCAGACUAAUUGAGGAGUGUGUGCUGCCUAUCUGAGAUCUGAUGCUCCUGUAAGAUGCAGUGCCAAAGUGUUAAUGUGCUUUUGUGAAUGGAAGCUGUUCUGUGUGUGCUUGAGGUCAGGGGACUUUGAUGUGCUCAAAGGAGUGAUGGUAGAAAAGCUGCAGUGUCUGUCAGAGCAGUCCUGGAGGUACCAGGGUAGCAAACACCUGAGACCUUGAAAGGCUGCCUGAAAAUUGUUCUCUGAAAAGGGCUCAAAGUUUUGUCACUCCUGAGGGCUUCUCCACUUCCAGCUGUGAAGUGGGAACACACAGGCUUUUUGUCAGUAUCCUGUUGAAAGGCUCAAAACUCUAUUUACAGUACCUUAAAUCUUGUAUCCUUCUUUCCCUCUCCUUCCAUCUUCCUGGCAAGUUAGCUCAGCUGUAACAUGUUCAAGGGUGCCUUGCUACAUUCCAGUGCUUUUAACUCUCCUUUAACCAUGCAAGGGUGUAAUUCCUGGAAUUGUAACAGGCUAAUUUACACUCUUCUGUUUGUAAGAACAGUAUCAUCCCAGCUCUUUGACAGGAGCUAAAAAUCAGGGUUGGGGAAAGCACCUUCCUGAAAGGACUCACCUGACUGCAGACAGGAUAACAAGUGCAAGCUUGAGCCAUGCUUGUUCUUUUCCUACCCAAACUCCUGGAGGAACAGAAAGUAAUUCUGUGUGAUUGUCACGUGCUGUCUCUCACCCAGCAAUUUACAGUUUCCAUCAGGAAAUAAACCAAGGUAUUUAACAGGUAUUGGCUGCCAGUCAUGCCCUUUCCUACCAUGCAGUAAGGUCCAACUCUGUCAAAGCUGCUUGUCCUUUUGUGCUUAUUCUAUUUGCCCCAAGCCAUUCUGUCUGCUAGAGCAGCCAGGAACCCUCACUGCCAGGUCAGAAGCAGAGGUGGGUAUCUCUAUUUACUCUGUAAAUAAAUGUGCAGCACAAAAGGAAAAGUAAGGUUUGAAGGUGUUAAUUCAUCCUCCUAAGUCUGAGCUGUGGCUUGCUGAGCAGAUGAAGAAGGAUGUUUUGAGUGGUAUAAAUUUUUCAAAACUGCUGGAAGGAGACAAGAAACAAACAUAGUUCAGAGGGUGUGAAUUUUGCCUGCCUUGGAAUAUCCUGUAUCUUUGCUUUGCUCAAAUAGCCUUAUGUAUGAAGCACUUUAUUCAAAUGCAGGAAUUAAAGAACUAUUACUACAGCUGGUAGACUGGAAAUGUUUACAGAUCCUACAUGACAUUCCAAGAUUCUAUCUGUAAGUGUUACAUGUCUGUAAAAGUGUUUGAAAAAAGGAAAAAGAAAAACAACUUGUGUAAGAAGUUACAUAUGUGACGUGUUAUUUCUGGCAUGAUUGGAUUAAACUUGUGCUGCCCACC